AUGACAUGGGUGUAUCUUUCGUCCCCUGGCAAACCGUUGGAACGGAAGAUGAAGGUGGAAAGUGGAAAGAGAUCAUAUUACCUUCAGGGUUGGCGUGUGUGGGAUUCAUCCACUGCUAUAUUGACUUCUGUUCAUAUGGAGGGACAAUCAGCUCGCUUCAGACUUCCUUAUGGAUACGUCUUCAGCAACUUGGUUCAAGAUGCAACUGUUUCAGUGAAGGCGCUGAAGCAUCUAUAUCAUAUGACUGUCCGCGGUUCAUACAGUGACAUGCCUUCCCCGGAGGCCGAAGGUCCCAAAUGCAUGCCGUAUCUGACUUUGGCCAUCGCGUCUUUCUGCGUGGAGAUCGCUGAUGAUCCCUUCGAAGGGCGAUUGAAUUUAGCUUGGAGGGCCGGACUUGAGGCUGCCAAAAUUCGCGUGGAUCGAGAACAAGCCUACGAGGACAAAGUAGCGACUAUUAUCAAUGCCGAUGUCACUCAAGGCGGAUCUCCUGCUGAGCUUCGAGCGGAGUAUCGAUUUUCCUCAAAGCACUCUGUGUCAAUAGAAGAUGCGCGACAACGCCUCUAUAAGGUCCAUUCAAUAGAUUGGGGCUUACGACUUGAUCAUUUCCAGAAGGAUCAAAUUCGGAAUGAAGAAGCUGUGAGGCACGAAUUUCAUCCCUCGUUUCAAUCAGCAAGCAGGAUUCGAAACAUCGUUGACGUUUCUCCCGACGACCCAUGCACUCCACUGUUUCGCGCCUUGAUCAGAAAUCUAUCGCUGUCUACUGCGCCGCCUUCAUUUCCCGCCGAUUCACUUCCGGAAUACUUGUAUGAGCAAGAGAUUAUGCGAUUGCCGUUAUUCGAUAUUCCACCUCAUGAAGACCUUGAUCGGACGUCCUGGACUUUCGAUACUGAUCUAGUCAUUGCAGAAGAAUUGGCCGGGGGCGCGUCCGUCGAUUGGGUACUGUGUCCCGUAUCUUAUGCUCACGAUGGUAUUCAUGGUGCUGCGCCACUCUCCAUUUCCGUUCCCAAGACAAUUAUGCCAGUGAAGAUUUGUUCUUGGGGUAUGAGUUAUGGACCCGCGACUCAAGACCUGAUGAAGAUUCUGGACACCAUCACCAGCACACCCCGUGAUUCUUCUCCUGGUUUAGGUUUUUGGGACAAGCUGAGGCUCAUAUUUCAUUGGAGUGUAAGGGCAUCAUUCAAGGGCGAAGGCUUCGAGAUCCCCACGAGAUACUUGGGAAGGGCGCCGGUUUUCGCUCUAGCUUGGCAGGGCAACGUUAAGCUUUUGAUUGGGCGUCAUAAUGACGACAAGGAACUCGUACAGGUUAUCAGUGAUUCUAUGAUGAUUGUUAUACCGAACUUUCAUCGGAGCGAUGCUGGCUCUCUCACCUUCGCCCCUGUAUCUCAGCCGUUCAAAAAGAUCUGUGCGAAAGUUCUCUCCGGUGUCCGCUUUGGUGUCGGUUUUGUGCUUGAACGGGCUUGUGGUUCUGAAUGCCAACAUUGCAAUGGCUCCGCCUUCCAUCGGAAAUGCAGAUUCUUCGAUUUCAAACCUCACUACAAGGUUAAACUGGAGAAAAAGAAUGCAACGCCUGAAAUUAAGGGACCAGACGAUUCGUAUAAAGGGUUUCGGUCUGAUUUCAUUCACCUUGGUCUAUACCUCACACCCAAAGUCUUUGCCCAUUUCUGGUCAUGGUGGUCUUUAUUCGACGCUGUCAUGUCUCUGCCAAUUCGCCAGGGCCCUUAUUAUCCAAGGCGUACAAUAUCUCCCAAAUUUGGACGACAUAUCGCCACUCUGAAGUAUCGUGUAUCAAUCCGUCAGUUGUCUAUCAUGCAUGGUUACAUAGACAACGGUAGAGAAACUUGGGCAGAUGGAGUUACGCCCUGGGUUGGUGUGAAGGGUAAGAUCGACGAAUUUCAGGUCGACAUGCAUCAACGGGAUCAAGAAACUGUUGUCCCGGGUUUGGGCCCUCAUUCCACCAAAGUCCUACGAAGGAAGCCUUUCUACGCAGCAGAGGUUGUCCUGAAAGGCUUGGAUCUUCGUGCCAUUCUUGCAAUCUUCGCAGACCCCAAGAAGCAACUGAUACCGGUCAAUGCCCCUCAAAAUGGCAGUAACUAUAGGACAAGGAACAACUAUCCCACGACACCCAUGCCUUCAGUUUGGUAUGAUCCUGAUGAUUUUGUGGAAACGGAUUGGUCGUCAUCCCUUGAUCCUACUUUCCAUGUUUUGCCGGUCGUCGCGUGCUCACACUUCAUGUUCUUCAAACGGAACGAUGCUCUCGUAGAAAAUCCCUCAGAGACUAGUAAAUUUGGCAACGAGGACAGUCAUGUUUGCCUCCUCGGAAAAGAACCUUCUGUGCCUGAGGUCCAAGUUGCUCUCACUUCGUCAAGAAUCGAGGAGCUCAAAUGUCUCGACACAUCUCCCGGUAAGAAGGUUGUGCUGCUGGAGAAAUAUAUAUCGAGCCUUCACGAGCCUCAUAUCAAUCUCGACGGAAACGAUGCUAGCUCCCAUUAUCAGAUGCCAUCUGACAGUGUUUCGCCUGACGAGUGGGCCGAGUUCGAUAAUGUUUACCAGAUACAUUGUCCGAAGAUCUUCAUGGAUGCUGCAGUUCGUGACGAUUGGAAUACCAUAUGGCUUCUCGUGCCUGUGAAGUUUGUCCGAGACCAAGCAAACGACGUUGCUGAGAUCACAGCCUCAGAACAGCUGCUGAACCAUCUGCGAAGAACUGCAGCCCAUGCUGCCGCAAGCGCACUUAAAGCACAUGUUCGCUCGCGACGAUUCUAA